AUGACCAACAUGCCCAUCCAAGACCUAGUGGUCAAUGUCAACCUAGUCUCUUCGGCCUCGCUGGGCAAGCUGGCGGUCCUCUUCCCGGCCGAUGACAUUGGAGGUGGGCCAUCGGUGUUGACUACUGCGUUGGACGUCCUUGAUCGGGGCCUACUCGAGCUUGUUGAGGCUGUGCCCUCGGGCCGCUCGGCCGUCUUUGCCUCCUCGCGCACCUCGCCCGCCCGCUAUUUGGUCCUCGGCACGCACUACUGCUCGUGCCCGGCGUUUAUCCAGGCGGUUCGCUCGGCGAGCGCCGCCUUUUGCAAGCACCAGCUCGCAGCCAUGCUCUCGUCGCUCGGCGUCGGCGGCGCCAUCGCGACGCGCCGUGUUGACGACGCCCACAUGGCCUGUGCUCUGCUCGACGGCCGAACACGCCUCCGCUGAGCCACGCGACGCUGGCUCUGCGCUCAGAUCCAGCCCCGCUCCAGACCCAGCGCCGCCACCACCAUCAGGCCCACGUACGCCGCCACUCCGACUCCCGCCACUCCUAUCCGUAGAGGA